AUGCCCCUACCAUCUUCUCUCAGACCAUUUCUUCUCUUCCCCAAAUCUCUCUCUAAACCUUUCUCUCAACUCAUUUCAAUCAAACAAAACCAGAUUUCUUAUCUUUUACAAAUGAAACCUAUUGAAAUGGAAAGCAAGGCACCCAUACUAGCCAAGAAAGUCUGCAACAUGGUUCGUGUCAUGUUCUUCAUGAUGAGAAAAGGCAUAUUCAAGAGCAAACUCAUGAUGGACCUCGACGUCAUGCUCAAACGCCGCGGCAAGCUCGCCGGAAAAGCCAUUGCCAACCUAAUGUCCCACCACCACCACCACCACCACCACGGCGGCUCCCACCACUCCCACCUUCAAUCCUCCGCCCCGAGGGAGUACGAGUUCAGCUGCAGUAACACGCCCAACGCCUUCUCCUUCCCCGCAAUAGGGAAGCGCCACCGCCACUUUUUCGCUUGCGUCCACGCGCCUCCCACGCAGGACGACGACGCCGUGACGGUGAACGCGGUGAAGACGGUGUUGGAGAUGCUGAACAACGACGUUAAGGUCGAGAUGACGUCGUCCCCUGCGCUGCCAGGGUUUGGGCGGAGCCCCAUGGUGAGGCAGCUGAGGGUGACGGACUCGCCGUUCCCACUGCGGGAUUCCGAGCAAGACAACGACCACCAGGUCGAUAAGGCUGCGGAAGAGUUCAUUAAGAGGUUUUACAAGGAGUUGAAGAAGCAGGAUUAA